CAAGCUUCAGAUUGGCUAUCAUGACAAAUUGCGAUCGGCUUGCAACUAAUAUAGAACCGACUUAAACAUGUAUGUCAACAAGAUCAUCGUGUAGGAGGUUAUAUUUGAAAGAUGAAAGAUUAUAAAAUCGCGUGACUGUCUACAAAGUAUCAAUAUGAGAUGCUGUGUGCCUGGAUGUGGGCAGAGAAGUAAAAAGGGCAUUUCAUUUCAUAGAUUUCCAUUGAGAGACCAAAAUCGAUUUCAAUUGUGGAUUGAUCAAAUACAUGCGUAUUUGGAAAAACAUAACUGUGAACAUGAAAGAUUAAAACAGAAUACAAAAUCUGUUUUGUGUUCAAACCAUUUUCUUAACAGUGACUAUAUUAUUACAGUAAGCUGCCGUAUAUUAAAAGAUUCAGCGUAUCCUUCAGUCUUUUCAUGUGAUCCUCAAAGAAAAAAAAAGCGUAAAUUAAGCUCUAAAAUACCUGCACCUCGAUUGCGCUACAUUCUUCCAAAAAUGGAGAUUGUUGAACUGGAAUGUACAAAAAAUAUCUCAUGUAUUCAAAAUUCUAUACUUGAAGAACCGGUGAUUAAAGAAGCAAGAAUAGAGGAGCCAAUGAUAAAAAAGAGUACAGUCGAGGAAUUGAUGCUAGAUAAAAAUACGAUCAAGGAACCGAUCGUCGAAAUCACACUAGAAUCAUUCCUCAAAAAUUUAAAUAAGAAUAAAUUCACUGGAUGUUUAUCAUUAAUAGAAGAAGUGCUGAAGUUACAGGAAAAGAUAGCUGUUCUGGAAAAACUAUUAUUUGAGCUGAAAUCCUGCAAUAGAAGUAUCAUUUGCGAAAAUGAUCACUGUUAUGCAAGCACUCCACGAAGCUUGCAACGAAAGUUACAUUUUUCGCAAGCUAAGGUAAUUAUGAUGAAAAAACAAAAGCGUAAUACAAUAAAGAAACUUCGUCGAUCGACGAUGAAAGUGUUGCAGUUACAAAAUUUGAUGAAGUCUAUGAGGAAAAAAGAUCGCUAGACCUGCGAAAGCAUAGUUCAUGUAUUUGAUGAAUUAAUAAGUCACAAAAUCCACUUAAAAUACCUCCUUACAUACAAAAUGUCAUAAGAUCAUCUCGAGUUAUAUUUUAAUACAAUCCGAGCUAAAGGACGAUGCGUUAAUCCUACAUCUCGCCACCUAUCUUCGGCUUAUAAACGUUUGCUAGUGAGGUAUCAAGUAAGGCCGGAAUCAGAUUAUGCAUUGAAGAUUAAAAAUUGAAAUUUCACCAAUGAGGACAAAGAAAUUUUGAGUCCUUUUGUUCUAAUUGAUCAAACUUCAAUCUUUCAAUCUUCAAUCUCAUUCUUCAAUACAUAGUCUGAUUCAGGUUUAAAGACUUCAAAUGACAAUCUGACUACUAUGGAGCAAAUUACAAUCCUCUUUGCAACUCGGAAUUCUAUUACUUAGUAUCGAAACACCAGGCAUUACAUAGCGUAAUGUGAUACCUUAACAUAUGCUUUGUCUCGUGCUUAUGCUAUUGAUGACGGAACUUCUGCUUAUAACUCUACCGAUACCUCUACUGACAUCUCUACCAACGAAGAAACAGAAUGCUCAGAUAAUUUGGACGCUCUGCCUUCGAAUAGUAAU